UAUUUUUCAAAAUCACCAAAAAAAUUAAAUAAAAUAAAUAAAAAUUCCACUGCCUCCCUCAUUUAUUGCUUAAACUGUUCUACUCCUGAGCAAUCUUCCAUGACAGCUCUAACUCUCACUUUCUCUCUCAUCAACUUCUUCCAUUUUCUCUCUCUAAAAAAUCCCCUCAAUUCUGAGAUAAAGUUUGCAUCUUUGCUACAGAGAGAAGCUCAGAAUUCUUGAUUCCAAGUGGACUACUGUUGUUGUGGUUUCAUACUUGUGAUCAUAGAUGAGUUUGAUUUGAUUUGAUUGGGUUGUGAAUGAAAUGAAGUUUGGUGUUGAAAAACGCUGAUGAAGUGUUCCAGUAUGGGGAUCGAGAAACAAGGCUCCAAAGGUGGAAAUUAUGUCGGUGGCUUACUCCAAAUGUUCGAUUGGAAUGCAAAAUCUCGCAAGAAGUUAUUUUCGAGCAAAUCAGAUGUACCAGAGCUAUCCAAACAGAAGAAAAGAUGUGAGGGAAAUUCGCCGAUGACCAGGCUUCAUAUGGAUGUGGAUGAAAUUGGAGCUGGAUCAAGUAUUAGAGGAAGUAGCGGUUAUAAUAGUUGUGCUUCUUCAGUAACCGAUGAAGAUUUUUAUGCCACAAAAGCCCCUGGUGUAGUUGCAAGACUAAUGGGAUUAGAAUCCUUGCCAAAAUCGAACAUGUCCGAACAAUAUUCGACUCCACUUUUUGAUUCUCAGUCUCUGCAAGAGGCUUAUUACCGAAAUAAAAGCCGCGAAUAUUUUCAAGAUCAAAUUAUGCACUCCGGUAAUUUGCAGAAAGUACCUCUCAGAAACGAUUUGGAGCUGCUAAAUUCGAGGAAGAUAAUCCAACAAAAGCCACUCGAGAAGUUCCAAACCGAAAAUUUCCCACCUAAAUCAGCUAAAUCGAUUUCAAUCACUCAUCACAAACUUCUAUCUCCGAUUAAAAAUACCAACUUUAUCCCUUCUAAAGAUGCUGCUCAGAUAAUGGAAGCUGCUGCGAGAAUAAUUGAGCGAGGUGGGCCGCGCUCGAGUACUAAAACGAAGCUGCCUCUGUUUGGGUCUUCUUCUUCGGUUCCUCUAAAGGUACGAGAUUUGAAAGAGAAGGUACAAGCAUCCCAAAAGCCGUUAAAGAUUUUCGAAGGCGGCUCUCAAAGAAAAGGUGAACAGUAUAUGAAUAGAAGCUUCAAUGAAUCGGUGGAUUCGGAAGAAUCUUCUGUUUCUAAGAGAAAUAAAGGGAAAUCGAUUUCGCUUGCAUUACAAGCAAAGGUGAAUGUUCAGAAAAGAGAAGGGCUAAAUGUGGAUAGAGGGAAAUUGCCUUCUAAGGAACCGUGUGAGAUAAGUCCGAAUCAUGUAUUUAAAAGUCAACAACAGUCAAUGGCACGGAAUAAUAUGGUGAAGAAACCAUCUGUUCAGAAUAGUUCGAGUGUGCUCCGACAGAACAAUCAGAAGCAGAAUUGCAUUGUCGAGAGAGGGAAAUUGCCUGCGAAGAAAGGUGGCAAAAUACUCGGUGGAGAACCUUUUUCUACAAGGAAACGGAAUUCCAGUAAAAUUUCAUGCACGAGUAAAGCUGGUUCAAGAAAGUUGAGCUCGGAGGUUAAGGAAGAAAAAAAUGAAGGAUUUUCUUUGUCUAGAUCGGAAAAGAUUACUUCCAAGAAACGGUCUGUAGAUGGGAAUUACCACUGUGAAAAAAAUCAGAUAGAUGAAAAUUCGAAAGACGUUCAAUCGAGUGCUAUUAUGGAUAAGGCGAGUUCUUGGGAGCAAAAUUGUGGGAAAAUGGGAACUGAAGUGAUUUCGUUUACUUUCACUUCUCCGAUGACAGGUUCCGGAAGGUCAACAGAAGCUGGGGAAAACGGAACAAUCUGUAAAAGGUCACAAUUGAACUCAAAAUUUUCUUACAUUGGAAAUAGUAAUGUGAGGGGAGGUGAUGCAUUAAGCACUCUUUUAGAGCAGAAACUACAAGAAUUGGCUCGUAAGGUAGAGUUUGCUCAAGAGAAAUCAGUCAUGCAAGAUGGGAAUAAAGCCAAAGAUGGAAUGCACACAGAUUAUCAGGGAGUACUAGAGGAAAUGAGCACAAGUGAGAGCAACGCAUCUCAAGCCAAAAACUUAAUCGAUUAUCGGCUUCCAAGUCCAAUUUCGGUUCUCGAGUAUUCCUCUUUCGCAAACAGUUGGAAUUCUUCAGAGACUGGAGACUUUAAUAGCAUAGGAGGUAACAAGCAGUGUUCAUCAAUUCAAACACAAGAUUUGCUCGAUAAUAAUACGUGCUCCUUAAAGACGUUCCUUAAAGAUGCGGAUCUGUCAGACUCAGCUUCAUCAACUGUCCUAACCUUGUCCGAUUCUGAUAAUCCCAAAAGGUGGGAACUUGACUAUGUGAAGAGAAUACUAUGCAGUAUCGAAAUCAUGUUUAAAGAUUACGCUUUGGGAAGAACUCGUGAGAUAAUAAGCCCUCGUCUUUUCGAGAAACUAGAAAGUUCACAACUUUCUAGAACCAACCAGAGAGUUCUUUUCGACUGUGUGAGCGAAUGCUUGGAUUUGAGGUUCAGACAGUACGUUAAUGGAGGUUUGAAAUUAUAUGCUAAGGGUUUAUCGGUUGUAAGAAGAAAGGAUAGAUUAGCUGAAGAAGUGUACAAAGAAAUCUCGAGUUGGAGUGCUGUUGGAGAUUCGAUGAUUGAUGAACUAGUGGAUAAGGAUAUGAGCAGUCGAUAUGGAAAAUGGCUCGAUUUUGAUAUCGAAGGAUUUGAAAUCGGUGUUCAAAUUGAGUCCCGAAUUCUCAAUUCUUUGAUGGAUGAAGUGCUGGAUGAUAUUUUGGUGCUUUAAUGCCAGCUUAAAACUGAAAUCAUUAUACUUAACCUCGAUUGUAAGUUAUUCAUCUUAAUUGUUUUUAGAGAUUCGUUUUCUUUUA